AUGCGCUCCUUCUCUCCACUCCUCGUCGUCCUCUUCAUGCUCCACACCACGGCCGCGCUCACGGUCAACGGCAACAGCACCUUUGACAACCAAGUCAACCGCAUCCUGCACUGGAACGGCGACGACUUUUCCAGUCUCGGCUUUGGUCCCGAGGCCGUCGCUGGCAUCACGAUCGCCAUCGGCACGGUGCUCACGUUCUUUGGCUACAAGCUCGUGCGCCCGGCCAUCUUUGUCGCGGGCUUCAUCGUCGGCGCCGUCGCGUGCUUUCUCUUGGCCGAGCGCAUUUUCGCCAACGCGUCGUACAUCGUCACGGCGUGCUGGAUCGCUCUGCUCGUGUGGCUCUACAAGGUCGGCAUCUUCUGCGUCGGUGCGCUCGCCGGCGUCUUGCUCGCCACGCAAAUCCACAACUCGUUUGGGUACAAGAUUGCGCCGGCGCACCCCGACACGGUGCUGAUCGUGCUCAUGGUCGUGCUCGGCCUCGCUCUCGGCGUGCUCGCGUGGAAGCUCGAGCGUCCGUUCUUGGUGUUUGCGUCGAGCGUCGUGGGCGCGAUCGCGACGGUGUGGGGCAUCGGCUUCUUUGCGGGCGGGUACCCGAACGCGGGCAACCUCAAGGCGACCGUCUCGGCAGGUGGCGACUGGGUCUACGACAUUCCGAGCUCGUGGUGGUACUACCUCGCGGCCACGAUCGUGCUCUGCGGCCUCGGCAUCUUUGUGCAGUUCCGAGAGCUGACGCAGCACAAGCGGCGCGAGACCCAGCAGGCGACGUACGCGAUCCCCGAGACGCCCAAGCACGGCGACCCGAUCCGCCACGUCUAAGACGACAUUAUCAUCUAUUGACAACUAUUCCAUAAAUAACUAACGACUAUUUCUUCG